UAGAACCCGGAAACAUCGUGUUGACAAGUUGCGCUGAGCCACUGUUUUGAAACUGUCAAGCAGUUUACAUAGUCGUCUGAGCUUUCCUUGAGGUUAGGGAGACAACGUCUUUUGAAAUGGGACUAUUUGGUAGAACGUCGGAAAAACCACCUAAGGACCUUAUCAACGAGUGGUCCCUGAAGAUCCGCAAAGAGAUGCGCAUCAUUGACCGACAGAUCCGAGAUAUCCAGCGUGAGCAGGAGAAGGUGAAGCGCUCUAUAAAGGACGCGGCUAAGAAGGGCCAGAAGGACGUGUGUGUGGUGCUGGCCAAGGAGAUGAUCCAGUCCAAGAGGGCCGUCAGCAAGCUGUACGCGUCCAAAGCCCAGAUGAACUCCGUGCUACUCAGCAUGAAGAAUCAGCUCUCGCUGCUCAGGGUAGCGGGUGCCAUACAGAAGAGUACAGAGGUGAUGAAGGCGAUGCAGAACUUGGUGAAAGUUCCGGAGAUCCAGGCCACCAUGCGGGAACUCUCCAAGGAGAUGAUGAAGGCUGGCAUCAUAGAGGAGAUGCUGGAGGACACGUUCGAGGGGAUGGAGGAUGAGGAGGAGAUGGAGGAGGAAGCUGAGGCUGAAGUGGACAAGAUCCUGUUUGAAAUCACAGCAGGUGCGCUGGGUAAAGCUCCCAGCAAGGUGACAGACGCACUACCAGAGCCUGAACCCCAGGGGGCGACAGCAGCCUCGGAGGACGAGGAGGAGGAGGAGGACAUCGAGGAGAUGCAGACGAGACUAGCUGCUCUAAGAAGCUGAGAACAUACACACUCAAACGCACACACACACACACACACACACACAAACAUAAAUGUACGAUGAGAUGCAGUCCAGAGUAACUGAUAACACACACACACACACACACACACACACACACACACACACACACACAGAGAACACGCCUGGUCUGCAGCUGCUUCCGGCGUUGGACUGAGAGGACUUACCUGCCCAGUGUGGUUACUGUGGAAACCAGGAGCUGUGUUCAGCUGCGUCUGAGGAGUGUGUUGCUCAAGAGAUUCUGUCACUCCAUGUGUGUGUGUCUGUGAGAGAGAGAGUGAGAGAGAGUGUGUGAGAGAGAGUGUGAGAGUGUGUGUAUAUACAUGUGUUUAUGUUUGUGCGUGUGUGUGUUUCUGUCUGUCACUUUCUGUCUAAGUCUGUAUGUGUAUAUAUUUGUGUUGUGUCUGUCUGUCUGUUUCUCUGUGUGUGUAUCUGCGUGUCUGUGUGUCUGUGCAUGUGUGUGUGUCUAUGUCAGUCUGUGUGUGUGUAUGUGUGUGUGUGUGUCUCUGUUUUGUACCAUGAAGAGACCCCAUAUCCGUGCGAGUUUUUAUACUGAAUCUGCUUCUUCAUUGGGUCUGUUGGAACACUACCAUAUACAGCGCGUUAACGUGCGUUGUGUUGCGUAUAUACGCUAUAGAGCGUGUUAUCGUGCGUUGUGUUGCGUAUAUACGCUAUAGAGCGCGUUAACGUGCGUUGUGUUGCGUAUGUACGCUAUAGAGCGCGUUAACGUGCGUUGUGCUGCGUAUAUACGCUAUAGAGCGCGUUAACGUGCGUUGUGUUGCGUAUGUACGCUAUAGAGCGCGUUAACGUGCGUUGUGCUGCGUAUAUACGCUAUAGAGCGCGUUAACGUGCGUUGUGUUGCGUAUGUACGCUAUAGAGCGCGUUAACGUGCGUUGUGUUGCGUAUGUACGCUAUAGAGCGCGUUAACGUGCGUUGUGUUGCGUAUGUACGCUAUAGAGCGCGUUAACGUGCGUUGUGUUGCGUAUGUACGCUAUAGAGCGCGUUAACGUGCGUUGUGUUGCGUAUGUACGCUAUAGAGCGCGUUAACGUGCGUUGUGUUGCGUAUGUACGCUAUAGAGCGCGUUAUCGUGCGUUGUGUUGCGUAUGUACGCUAUACAGCGCGUUAACGUGCGUUGUGUUGCGUAUGUACGCUAUAGAGCGCGUUAACGUGCGUUGUGUUGCGUAUGUACGCUAUAGAGCGCGUUAACGUGCGUUGUGUUGCGUAUAUCUCUCUAAAGGCCUGUAUAUACGGUGAGGGGCGGUGCUUUGGGCACCCUGCUCUGAUUGGUUGGCUGUGGCAUUGCUAGGGAUCUGGACACACAGUAUAAACUGACAGCCAAUCAGAAAGGAGGUGGGCGUGGUCAAAAUAAUCUUGCUUGGGGUGCAACUUUUUGUAAUUUGGUGGAAAAUAAACUUUGAGGAAGAACA